GUUAUGUCUUAUUCUGUCAUAGUUGUGACAUAUAAAUGCUGGACUGACCCGUUGUUCGGAAACAGUUAAGAAAGAUAAACAGAUCUCAAACCAUGAAAUUUACAGUCGUUUUAGCAGUGCUGUCUCUGGUCGCAGUUGCAGUACAUUGUCGUAUUUGCACGAACAAUGAUGCUUCGACUUGCACUCACACAUGCCCGGAUGGAGAGGUGAAAGCCUGUGAACACGAUGUAUGCACGUGCUCCGUGUCAUGUAUUCAAGCCACUGAAUGUCCAGAUUGUCCAUCUCACACAGACCAUCACGGGCACACCAUGCACGAGACCAAGCACUGCAUUGAUGGCGCAUGUAUGUGUGUGCCAGAGCACAUGUUUCCAGGUGGUAACCACGGUCCAGGAGGACGAUAAACCGGUGCUUAUUUUUUGUUAACUAUACGUA